ACUUAAGGGGAAGGCCAGUGAUCAUGACGUAGUGAUGGUAGAGAACCCCCUCGGCGAGGACAAGAGAGGUAGGCAACGGCCCUCAACCAACAGUGGGCAGCAGAAACCCACAGUGACUGCAAUUGCGGAACUGUAGCUCGCUUCUGCUGGCAGCUAGGACUUUAUGAUGGCAGUGAUAAAAGCUGUGGUAGUUUGGAUGGGGCUGCUGUUGCUGUGGGGAUUUCCAGCAGCCAUGCCCAGAAGUGAACUACCUGGACUAACACGGAACAUAGAUAGAGCUUUUUUGUGUGUGGAAGCAGGGACUGACUGCUCCCACCUGACACAAGUGUCUGGGGGCAUCAUUAACUGCAUUGUGGUCAGGGACAGGCUUGACUGCUUAAAGAAAAUGAAAAGCAGGGAAGCAGACUUUGGUUACUUUGAAGCAGAAGACUUGAAAGUGGCUGCCAAAUUCUUUGGGAAUGAACAACAGGUGGUGUUCCAAGCUUUCAGCAAAGAUGAAGUGCAACGUGCCUAUCUACUUGUACACAAUGCAUCCAACCCAAAACCCAAGAGCCUGUGUCACCCAGGACUUCAGCUUCACCGCUCCUAUCCACGAGCACUCUACCGCCCCAUCACCCUUGAUUCAGACAUCUUCUUGCCAGAUAUUAAGGCACACAUUGAGAGACUCAGUGAAGCAUGGACUUCAGCCUGCAUUCCAGGACCUUGGUCUCUUGAUCCAACUACAGACUGGGAGCUAAAGCAACAACAUCCUCACCUGUGUCGUGCCUGUUUACGUCAAACCUGUGAUGAAGGUGAUCCUUAUGCUGGUUCUGGAACUCUUACAUGUCUCUUGGACCAUGCUGCUGAUGCUGCCAUUGUUUCUGAUGUGGACUUGAGGAAAUUGAGAGUUACAAAUCCUGAUGUUGAGAGGCUGUUUCACUACUGUCGUAGUAAUGAUGGAGGAUCAAUCCAGCCUCUUGGAGACUCAACUGGCUUGAGAGAAGAACCGUGUGACUGGGGUAAGAGGCCUGUACCAGUCUUUAUGUCUGCUUCCAGCUGUAACACCACAAAAUGCCUAAGAAGCAUAGAUGUUCUUGCUGUUCAAAGUCAUGCUGUGAUGGAGACACUAAGGCUUCCACUUAAAACACAGAUAACCCAACUUAACCAACCUCACACUCCUUCUGAUAUUAUUGAAAAGGCUGGGUACACGAUUGAUGACACUAGCCGGCAGAAAGUAGUGAAGUUUUGUACUCGCAAUGAAGAUGAGAUGGCUAAGUGUGAAGACCUGGCUAUGGUGACUCAAGCCUUUGAUGCUGGAAGUGGGAUUGGUAUUGGCUGUGUACAAGAACGCAUGAACUGGUAUUCUCAUAUCUACUAUGGAAAUGCUGAUGUCAUUGCUUUGGACAGUGGCGAUGUGUACCGAUUCACCAAAGACUUUGGAUUUCAACGGCUACUGAGUGAAGUAUAUGACACAAAAACUGGCAGACAUACUUCGUCAUACUAUGCUGUGGCUGUUGUGAAGGCUAAUUCCAACAUCACAUCCUUCAGCCAACUACGGGGUCACAAAUCAUGUCACACAGGCAUUGACAAGACAGCAGGAUGGAAACUCCCUGUUGCUACUCUGCUGAACCUGGGUCUCAUCAAUCCACAACACUGUAACUAUGUUGAUGCCAUAGCAGAGUUCUUCUCAAGUGGGUCCUGUGCUCCUGGAGCUAAUAAUACCAUGUACAAUGCACAAAAGCAUUAUGUGGACAGACUCUGCAGUCUGUGCAUUGGUGAAGGUGAAAACAAGUGCCUCAGAGGAGGUGCUGAGCCUUUCUACUCUUACACUGGUGCCUUCAGGUGUCUGGUACAUGGUGGUGGUGAUGUGGCAUUUGUCAAGCACACUACUGUUCCAGAUAAUACUGAUGGCAACAAUAAUGAAGAAUGGGCAAUGUCACUGCGGUCUGGUGAUUUCAAGCUUCUAUGUCCCUUAUAUGGUAGUGCCAAUACAGCGGCCGUCAGUGAAUUUCGGACUUGCAAUCUUGCUUUAGUACCUGCACAUGAGGUUGUCUCGAGGAGAAUGUCUGAUGACCGAAAGAAAAUGGUCCGGCAAGCACUGCUGGGAGUGUCACAAGUAUUUGGUAAAACAUCCCCUGGACUCCAAACAUUUAGACUAUUCGGAAGGUAUAAUAAGAAAUCAGAUUUGCUAUUCAAAGACUCUGCAAAAGGUCUGAAGGCACUGAGUGAAGAUACACAAGAUGAAAGGAAGAGAAAGAAAGAUUAUUUCAAGAGAUUGGAGGAAUUGCAUACUUGUGAAGUGCGUGUGUGUGCCCUGGAGGACUAUGAGAAUGAGUGUAAAGAAAUGGCACAAGCAAUGAAGGGAGUGGGAGAGCAGUUUGUGUGUGUCAGUGCAAGGGACAGGAUGGAUUGUGUGCGACGAGUGAUAGAAGGCCAAGCGGAUAUGAGCAUCUUGCCUGGGAGUUACCUCAACAUUAAUUCAAACCUACGCAUCAUUGCCUUCAGCAAGGAUCCACACAAUGCUAGAGACCAAUUUCGAUACAAGGCAGUGAUAGUGGUACGUCGCUCUACUGUGCACAGAAUGAUUGAUCUACGUGGGAAAAAAUCUUGCCACACUGGUUAUGGUAGAACUACUGGAUGGCGGAUACCAGUUGCCCUGCUGAAGCGUGAAGGCAUUAUCCUUCCUAUAUGUGAGCCUUUGCAGUCAACACUGGAGCAUGAGAUCAAGAGUGUGGCUGCCACAUUUAACAGGGCCUGCAUCCCAGGAGAAUGGGCUACCACCCCUGAUGUGGAUGCAGCUCUUAAGAUGCGGUAUGAUGCCAUGUGUUCCAUGUGUAGUGGAAGAACCUGCGACAGGAAUGAUGACUAUGCUGGCUAUGUUGGUGCAUUAAACUGCCUAUGCUUUAAUGGAGGAGAUGUGGCCUUCAGCAAGCUCUCAGUAGUCAGACAAUUCUUUGAAGAUAAUCGUUUAGCAAAUGUGAGUGAUUACGGGCUGAUGUGUCGAGAUGGCAGUGUUGUGGACAUAAACUCAGGUGCUGCUGAGGCGUGUUUCUGGGCAGCUCGACCUUGGGAUACAUUUGUGACACAUGGAGGAGCCAGUGAUGCAAAGGUGCAGAAGUUAACCUGGGCACUGAUGCAAGCCAAGAGGAAAGGGGAGGAGAAUUUGGCCAAUAAUCGGUGGUACUACAACAUUCUUGAAAUUGAUGAUACCUUCAGUGACAUUUUCCCUGCCAUAGAUAAUGCAACAACAGGACAAUAUUUGUCAGAAAGUAGAAUGGACAUUGUUCAGGCAGAGGAGAUGUGUGCUUCUGAGGCACCUGUGAGAUUCUGCGUUUCCAGUGAUGAGGAACGGAAAAAAUGUAGUGACCUUUCCUCCCUCUUGCACCUUAGAGGUGUAUCACCAGAACUUCAAUGCACACAAGGAAGUAGUGUUGAUGAUUGCCUUGAAAUGAUUAAAUUAGGUACAUCAGAUGUCAUGACCUUGACCAACAGCAAACGCUAUGCAUCCCAUAGCAAUCACAGCCUUGCAGACUUGCUUGCAGAAUCAUAUGGGAGAGAUGAAAGCAAUUUGUAUUACUUUGUUGCAGUUGUUAAGAAGGGUUCAGGUAUCAACAGUGUUUAUGAUCUUGCAGGAAAAACAACUUGUAAUACUGGAUCUAAUGCAAAUCUAAUCAAUUACAUAGAUGAGGAAUUAAAUGAGUGCCUUCAUGAUGGAGCCCUGUUCUCAACCAUCACUGAUGCAAUAAAAUGCCUGAUGGGAUCAAGGAGAGAUGUUGCCUUUGUAAAGCUUGAUGCUGUGAAUGAUGGUAACUGGGAUGAUGACAUCAAAGACCUUAAUCCAGAAAAUUUUGAGCUUCUCUGUGAAGCUCAAGUUAUGUCUCUCAGUAGCUGGAGUGUUCAAGAAUGUAACCUAGGAAGAAUACCAGGCAACAUGCUUGUGACUCGCCAGUCUGAAUCAAGAGCAAGGAAGGAGAACAUGCGCCAUCUAUUUUUGAAGGCAUCUAAGAUGUUUGGACAUUCCCGCUCAUUCUUCAGACUAUUCUACACAUAUUUCUCACAUAAAGAUCUUAUGUUUAAGGACACAACAGGAAGUUUGGUGCGAGUUACUGAUAUGCAUCAUAAGAGGUUUGUGGAUGAAAUGCUGAAGUAUGCGUGUAACCUUUAUGAACACCACACCCAGUCAGAGGAGACAACGCAACAUUAAACUCAAAAUUAAAGUUGCUCAGGAGUCAUUGAAGUUGUAUCGAUGGGAAGGAAAGAAAAGUGUAGUUAGCAGUAACGAUUGAAAAUAUAUAUAAACUUACAAGUAAUGAUCAUUGAAAUAUACAUGAUAUACACUAAUGGUAUAUUAGAAUAUUAUCCUAUACUUCACAUAAUUCAAAAACAUUUAGGUGAGAUGAACACUUCAGUAUUCUUUGACAGGAAUCAAAAAAUUUAUGAAUAGACAUGCUAGUGACAAUACUUUACUUUUAUUCUUCGAUGCUGUAGACUACAUUGAUCAGAAAAAUUUUUAUGCAAGUUUUUUGUAAUGUAGCUGUUUUAAUUUUUCUUAUUCAUCAUUAUUAUUUUCAUUAAUUUUCAUCAUAAUUUUUUGUGGGAAACUUAAGUUCUGAUUGAAUGGUAGCUGUGAUCCCACAGUGCACAGUAACCUUUCCUCAUGGCUGUGAUGAGAUGGAGUGAGGGAUGAUGGAUAGAGUAACCAACAAAGAUGCAUCUUCUUCUUGUACUUUGUUUUCCCCAAAGAGAGAGAGAGAGAGAGAGAGAGAGAGAGAGAGAGAGAGAGAGAGAGAGAGAGAGAGAGAGAGAGCAUAGGUGUAAUGACUUGUUUGUUGAUUCUUUCUUGAUCUUUCAUCUUAGCACUAACUAAAUUAUUCAUAGCACAUUUUAUGUUGUGCUUUUGAAACUAAUAAAAAAAAAACAUGUAACUAUGAACUUGAUACAUUAUACAUUAUGGAAGAUUUCCUUGGAUUUUCUAGGUUAAUGUUCAUAAAUACACAAGUAGCUGUGUACUGCAAAACUGUCUUUUCAUAGUAUACAUUACAGAGAAAGUGCUUCUUAGGCCCCUUGUUCCAUCCUGGUUUGUCCUUGCUUAUGCUAUACAGGGAAUACAGUAGCAGUUUUCUUAACCUCUGCUACAGUGAAAAGGUUAAAAAUAAAAAAAAAAUAAAAAUUUUCUUUAUUUUAUUAUUAAGUCAUCAGUAAGAACAACUACUACUGAGAUGACUGUAUGAACACUCCCAAAGUGACCUUAAAACAGUCACUUCUUUGGAGGUCUUUGUUAUAAUUGAAAGUUCCCCCUUCUAUUUGACUGAGUAGGAGAAACAUGCACUUCAUGAAAAACUGAUACUGAAAAUGGUAUUCUAAUCCCAAUUCCUCUUAUCACUAGAACAUCAUUGAAUCAAUCUGUGUUUGUUGCUACUUUGGUAACUUGAUUCCUGAACCUUAAUAAUAUUUUAUUUUAAGAGGCACAGGAAAUUAUGUUUUCUAAAUCAAGGAAAUAAAAUUUCACCAAUGUCAUAAAAACAUUUACCAGAAUAUUGUGUGUGUGUGUGUGUGUGUGUGUGUGUGUGUGUGUGUGUGUGACAUUCAGAUGGAUUUCCUGUAGUAAUCAUAUUCAUAAUGUGUCUGAUAAUAGCUUUUUAAUAUUGAGCUAAAAAAUAACUGUGAUUCUGAAAAAUCUGAUUUAUUGACUUUAUUCUAAACUAGAUGAGCAUAGCUUGAUCUGAAUUUUAAUAUAAAGAAGGCUCAUGUGACAGUAUAUGAGUGAACACCAAGACAACAGCACUCAUGAACUUUUCUAUCAGUCACUGUCUUCAGAAGACAAUUCUAAGUCAUCAUUAAGAUCACUUCCAUUAUGCAUGUUGUCUCUACCUGCAAUGGUACCUGAAACAGAACAUUUAACCAUGAGCAAAGAAGCCAAGAGAGAAAAAAUGUGUUAAGUGUUGUAUCUGAAGCCAACAAUGAAGAUGAAACACAUCACAUGUACAGCAUGACGGUUAUUUUCUUGAUAUGUAUAGUUUUUAAAAUACAAUUUUUAAGAUAUUUUA